UCUUAAACAGCUUCAUCUUAAGAGAACCAACAUCAUGGCGACCGUGGACCGUCAGAAGGUUUUCCACACUACGAAGGUCCGGACUACGCUACGUAAAGAUGGCAGCUGGAUCCGCAGGACCGACGAGGCCCCGGAGCAGCCGUGUAAGUCUCCGGUCUCCAUCAAACCUGAUCGUUUAUCCUCGAUGGAAUCCAGUCCAUCUCGUGCUCCUGCUCCGAACAGUCCGACCCCCCAGACCCCCGCCCGUCAGAGCCCCGCCCGUCAGAGCCCCGCCUCGGCCCAGGACACACCCACCUCACCCCAGUGGAAGGAGAGGAAGGGCAGCUCGUACGUGCUCUCAGCAAUGAAGAGGUUUGAGUCUGAAGGUUCCUCUGGUCUGACACAGACAGAUGCAGCCAGAAAACCUGAAACAAGCAAAGACGCCGCUGACGUUAAGCUAGCUGAGGCACGAGCAGAUUUAGCAAAGACACCUGAGCUCCACACACCUGCAGCUACAGCACCUGAAGUUAAAACACCUGCACCUGUACAGGAAGUGAAGGCGCCUGUGAUAUCACCUGCACAGGAAAUGAAGGCACCUGUGAUGUCACCUGCACAUGUACAGGAAGUGAAGGCACCUGUGAUAUUACCUGCACAGGAAGUGAAGGCACCUGUGAUGUCACCUGCACAUGUACAGGAAGUGAAGGCACCUGUGAUGUCACCUGCACAUGUACAGGAAGUGAAGGCUGCUGUGGUAUCACCUGUACAGGAAGUGAAGGCACCUGUGAAACCACCUGCACCUGCACAGGAAGUAAAGGCACCUGUGAUACCACCUGCACAGGAAGUGAAGGCACCUGUGGUAUCACCUGCACAGGAAGUGAAGGCACCUGUGAAACCACCUGAACAGGAAGUGAAGGCUGCUGUGGUAUCACCUGCACAGGAAGUGAAGGCACCUGUGAAACCACAUAAACAGGAAGUGAAGGCUGGUGUGGUAUCACCUGUACAGGAAGUGAAGGCACCUGUGAAACCACCUGCACCUGUACAGGAAGUGAAGGAACCCGUGAUGUCACCUGCACCUGUACAGGAAGUGAAGGCACCUGUGGUAUCACCUGUACAGGAAGUGAAGGCUGCUGUGAUAGAAACACCUGCCGCAGUGCAGCCUGCAGCGUUAGCAUUUGCAGCGUCUGUAGUAGCGACGGCUCCAGGUGACUCAGUGAGAGAGGAACGCUUCACACCUCCUGUGUUCAGGUCACCAGCAGCUCCGCCCAGCAUCACCAGCUCCACUGCUGCUAAUGUGCUCUGCACCUUCUGUAACACGCCUGUGGAAGGAAACGUGAAGAUCUCAGUCAACGAUCCUCCCAUCUGCUGCCACGCCCACUGCUUUAAGUGCACUAUGUGCGCUAAGCCGCUAGGUGAUAUGAGCUCCUCCAUGUUCCACCACAGCGGGAGGAUCUACUGUGAGAGAUGCUUCGAUCAAGUUUUCUUUAAUUAAUCCAUCACAGCUACGACCAAUCAGAAGCCUCGGCGUCGCCACUGCCGCAUCAACGAACCGUGUACCCACAGCAGUGUGGCAGCGCUGGACUGUAAAAUCCCACCGUGGAUCGACUUAAAGCAGAACUGUGUUUGUGUUUCUGAUGAAAGUUUCUCUUUAAUGUAAAAUUUAACAUGAAUCACGUUUAAUUACAAAUAAUCUGAAUGUUUUCAGUGUCUUUAAUAAAAAGUACAAAUCAGAGCUGCUGAAAUUCUGUUUUUAUUGUUAAAAUAAAUAUAAUAAUAAAAUCACAUUAAAUGAAUAGUUAAUAACACGAGCGGUGAGUGUUUGAGUCCCUCAGCGCUG